UCAAUACAGUCAUCUAUCUAAUCCUACACAGUUGGCAGAAUUCUUAAUCAAAAUGGGUAAGUCAGCGAGCGGUCCUGCGUACGUGCUGGGCGUCGGGAUGACCAAGUUCAUCAAACCUCGCGGUAAGGUUCAUUACCAUGAGCUGGGCUUUGAGGCGGGCGUCAAAGCCAUGCUAGACGCUCACAUCAACUACGAUGAGGUCGACCAAGGCGUUGCGUGCUACGUCUACGGUGACAGUACCUGUGGCCAACGCGUGUUCUACCAGUUUGGUCUGACGGGGAUCCCGGUCUACAACGUCAACAACAACUGCUCGACGGGGUCGACAGGGCUCGCCAUGGCGCGCACGCUGGUCUCCCACGGGGCGGCAGACUGUGUUCUCGUUGUCGGUUUCGAGACGAUGAGCGCGGGGAGUAUUAAAAAAGUGUUUGAAGAUCACGAAAAUCCAACCGGACUGUUAGGCCGGAUGAUGACAGAGACCAGGGGUUUCACCAAUUCUCCCAUGGCAGCACAGAUGUUCGGCAAUGCCGGUCGAGAAUACAUGGAGAAAUACGGCGCCAAGGCCGAGGACUUCGCAGAAAUCGCACGCAUUAACCAUGAACAUUCCAAGCGUAAUCCUUACUCCCAGUUUCAGGAUGAGUACACACACGAACAGAUCCUUCAGGCGCCGAUGAUCUUCGAGCCCCUCACCAAGCUCCAGUGUUGCCCGACGUCGGACGGCGGAGCGGCCGCUGUCGUUGUCUCGCAGGCGUUCCUCGAUGCGCGACCACAUCUCAAGGGCCAAGCUGUCCUCAUCGCCGGUCAGCAGCUAGCUACAGACGACACAAGCCUCUACAGCCGCAGCUCAAUCGAUCUGAUGGGCGUCGGGAUGGCCCGGAAGGCCUGCCGGGCAGCAGUAGCCGAGGCAGGCGUCAACGUUAAAGACAUCAAGCUCUGCGAGCUUCACGACUGCUUCUCGGCCAACGAGAUGAUCACCAUCGACGCUCUGGAGCUGUGCGAGCCGGGCAAGGCCCACGAGAUGGUCCGCCGCGGCGACAUCACCUACGGCGGGCGGAUGGUUAUCAAUCCUUCUGGCGGGCUCAUCUCCAAGGGCCAUCCGCUAGGGGCAACAGGGAUCGCGCAAUGUGCCGAGCUGGUCUGGCACCUCCGCGGUUGGGCCAACAACCGACUGGUGAGCGGCACUGUCGCGGCGCUGCAACAUAACCUUGGCCUCGGGGGCGCGGUUGUCGUGACCGUGUACAAGCGAGCCGAUGGCCAGGCGCCCACCCCCGUCCCCUCGGCCACCGUUGGCCAGAUUACCGGCCUGGGCUACAAUCCUGCAGUGGAGGCGAAGGGGUUCACCGCCCAGCAGGUGCAGUCCGUUCUCAGCAAGAAGCAUAGAGAUACGUGGGCGCUGGCGGACGCCGAGAAGAAGAUCCUAGCACGGUUUUAGCUAGUGUACAUCUCUAUUUUCCACACCUGGAUAUGCAAAUUGACCUCACAACAAGAUAGUGUUAGCAUUAUUAUUAUUCCACGGCCAUAGUCCAUAGUUAUGUAAUUAUAUGCCUCAGGCC